CUGAAUUCCGAUUUCAUAAAUCCCUCCCUCGAUAGCUACCUAAAGGCAUGUCUUCGUGGUUCACGUUGAUUUCUCCCUGGAUUUAUCAGAUAAUAAACUAUAGAAAGCGAAGUUAAACUUUACUGUGAUUGAUUGUGCGAUAAUUAACGCAACUACAAAAUGUCCAUUGAAAACAACUCCAUCAAAAAGAAUUUGGACACGGCCUCUCAGUAUUCAAAAUCACUCGACGAUCCGAAAAUUAUUAGGCAAGGUUUGAAUGGGUUCGAAGAAUGUCAAAUUCCAGAAGUAAAUGAUAAUCUUCGAAAUGGAAAUGAUUUCCACGCCGUAGACGGUUGGAAGCUAACGGAAUUACGGAAAUCCAAUCCAAACAUAUAUAGAAAUAUACGCCUUUUGGAAAUUCCUGCUUACUUGUCGCGUUCACAAGACCUCACCACACUAAACAGCCUUUACACAAACGGCACUCCCGUCAGCAACGUCAAUUCAAGCAACAAACCCAGUGACGCACAACCAAAGGUUAGACUUCGGCGAGAUAAAGUUUUCAGUCGCAAGAAGGGGAAAUCUCACCCCAACACUACCACACCACAACUAACAACGUUUUCAGCGCAUUUCUCGUCUACCGAACAAUGGCUUUCCGUACAGCCAGAUAAGAAAGGCAAGCGACGAGGAAAACCAGGUCGCUGGAAUUCAGUGGAUCAACUCUCGGUGUCCAAUCCAAAUGAGAAAGAUGAACCGAACAAAGUGAGCUUCUUAGAGAACGGGAGCAACGGGUGCCGAGUGCAAGCAUACCAAAUGAACGAAGAAGCUAACGGUCAAGUGGAUAUUCCAAAUGAUACGAAACUCAGACUACAAAAGCGCCCAAAGAGUGAAAUAACAAUAACUUCGGAUGAGUCACGCUUCAGUUUUCCACAUCAAACUCACGAACAAGGUUCCGAUACACCAACUGACGGUUCCGUCACACGUCCAACUGGUGCUCGCAUUCCACGUGCCUCCUCAAGGAGGGAACUGCGACAUUCUAUGCAUGAAAUGGGAUUCGGAAAAGCGGAAUCCUACAAGAAACUGGAACUGAUUGGAGAGGGCACCUAUGCUAGCGUGUACAAAGGCUACAGUAUGUUACUUGAACGCAUAGUCGCUCUGAAGGAGAUACGAAUGGAGGCAACCGAAGGUGCUCCGUGCACGGCAAUUCGUGAAAUCAGCUUGCUGCGUCACUUAAGACAUGCGAAUAUUGUGACGCUCCACGAUGUGAUCUACGCACCGAAUUCCCUGACAUUGGUAUUUGAAUACGUGGAACAGGACCUUAGGAAUUAUAUGGCAUCGCACAAGAACCGACUCCCUAUGGACACAGUCAAGUCGUUCAUGUGUCAAAUCUUCCGCGCACUAGCGUUCUGUCACGAACGCCGCAUACUCCACCGGGAUCUGAAACCUCAAAAUCUGCUAAUCACUAAAAACCGUGAAUUAAAGUUAGCAGACUUUGGACUGGCGCGGGCAAAAUCCAUUCCCACGAAGACAUAUUCAAACGAGGUGGCUACCCUGUGGUAUCGACCACCAGACGUUCUUCUCGGAGAUCGGAACUACUCUGGACAUAUUGACAUAUGGGGCGCCGGUUGUAUUUUCUACGAAAUGGUCACUGGACGAACUCCAUUCCCUGGUGACUCCAAGGAGAACCAAAUAUUUGUUAUUUUUAAAAAGAUGGGUAAGUGCAACCAAAAAAACAGUCUGCCAAUACAAUUUUUGCAUUGUCCGUCGCUCUGA